GUACUGCCACGUGAACGUGCCGGACGAGUUGUUGCGGGACUUGCUUCCUGGACCUGUGACCCUGGUCUUAAAACGUUCAGAAGAACUAAAUAAAGACUUGAAUCCUUUCACAUCGCUGGUUGGUGUUCGUAUUCCAAACCACCCUUUUAUUAGGGAGUUGGCACGAGCUUGCUCUGGACCACUGGCUUUAACAAGCGCUAACAUCAGCUGUCAGGCGAGCACGCUGACGGUUUCGGAAUUCCAAGACCUGUGGCCUCAGUUGGCUUUGGUCAUUGAUGGAGGGCCAAUAGGGGAUGUCCAGAGCCCAGAGUGUCGUUUGGGGUCGACAGUGGUCGACUUAUCUGUGUCGGGGAAAUUCACCAUCAUUCGUCCUGGCUGUGCACUGGCAUCUACAGUUGAAAUCCUGAGGCAGAAAUAUGGCUUGAUACAGGAUCAUCUUAAGACUUCCGACUCCGAGGAGGCUCUGCAGAGCUGGUAAAGCUGGGCACCGUGUGCCUGUGCAUUCAGGAGAUGGGUGUUCCUGGCCUUGUUUAAUAAGGUCAACGGGUUAUGUCAAUGUUAAUAGACAAAAGAUACAAAACCAAGAGCAAUAGUUGAUGGGUAUCUG